AUGACAAUCACCCAGCUCCCGUCUAAUCUUCCUCGAUCUCAGACCGCCAUUCUGCAGACGGACGGUGGGCGGCUCGAGAUCACCCACAAUGUCCCGCUGCCCCAUGUACCCCCCGAUCGCAUGCUCGUGCACGUGAUCGCCGUGGCCCUCAAUCCGUGUGACUAUAAGAUGCCCUCGCAGUUUCCCUGCAAAGGGGUGGUGAAUGGGACCGACUACGCGGGGAUCAUCGUCGCCAUCGGGCCCGAGGUCGCCCGACUUCCUUCGCGACCGCGCUGGAAGAUCGGAGAUGCGGUGUUCGGGGCGUGUCAAGGGGCGAACGCGAUCGACCCCGAAUCGGGCUCCUUUGCGCAGUACGUUCGUUCCGAUCCGGAACUGCUGUUCAAGAAGCCAGAAUACAUGGGGUGGGAGAAUGCGGCGGCGUUCGGGGCCAGUGGGAUCGCCACCAUCGCACUGUCUCUCUUCUGGGAGGGGGGCAUGGGACUCGCUGGCAGUCCGGACGAACCGGCGGAGGAACCGGAGCAGGUUCUGGUCUAUGCUGGAAGCACUUCGGUCGGUACAUUGGCUAUCCAGCUGUUGAGAAUAUAUGGUCAUACUCCGAUUACCACCUGCUCUCCCCGGAACUUUGAUCUGGUACGCUCCUACGGGGCAGAAGAAGUCUUCGACUACAACCUCCCAACCUGUGGCCAGGACAUACAGAACUACACGAACAACAACCUAGAACUGGUGCUCGACCCGAUGACGGAAGCCAAAACCCAACGGCUCUGCUACCAGAGCAUUGGCCGCGGCGGGGGCAGAUACAUCGCACUGGAGAUGUGGCAGCCCAUGAAUCACACACGUCCAACGGUCGAACCGACCUUCAUCAUGGGAUCCGCGAUCAUCGGCAAAGAAAUCCCCUUGGGCAACGGAUAUGGGAGUGAGGCCGACCCGGGAAAACGCCAGUUUGGGAUUCAGUACUAUCGGCAGAUCCAAAGACUCUUCGAUACGCAGCGGCUUAAAUCACACCCCAUCACGGUGGUGGAGGGCGGUUGGCAGGGGGUCUUGGACGGGCUAGAAUUGCUACAAUCGAGGACCUUGUCGGCGCAGAAAUUGGUGGUAUUCUUGGGAACUCCAUGA